CAGACCCUGAGAAAAAUCACCACUUUUUCGCAUGAUUGAAACCAGACACCAAACACCCAGCCCACAUCCUGUAACUUUCUAGCUGUUUUUCUCUACCUGCUUCAAAUUGGACCUUAAAUGUGUGCACAGAGUAGCUCAUGUCAUAUCCAUGAAAUAGUCAACACUGAAACCUCCUUAUGAAAAGCACACCUUUCCCACUUCAGCAAUCACCAAACUGAUCGAAGUCUGAGCAUUUCACAGAAGGAUCAAGAAAAUGAAGUUACUUGGUUGGAUGCAUCGUAAGAACCGGUCUAUUGAACCACUCAAAGACUUUUCUAUUGGGCAACCUUCACUAGACGACCAACAUCUCUUCUCCAAAUCAAACUACGGAAAUAAGCCUUCCGGAAAGUCCCAAAGAGAUAACUACCUCCGGAGAUCAUUUGCCAGCCUGCAGGCUGCAAGAGUUGAAGAAGAUGAAUUUGAAGAAGAAACGUCAUCUCAAUUUUCAGAUAUCUUUCAUGGCUUUCUGACCAUUGGAACCCUUGGGUCAGACCAAGUCACAACUGAUCCAUCAACACCAACAUUCACAAUCUCUGUUGAAAACAUAACUCAAAAGGAAACAGAAGUAACCGAGAAUGAGUUGAAGUUAAUCAAUGACGAGCUGGAAAAGGAACUGGGGGCAGAAGAUGGCUACACAGACUCAUCUGGAAGGAACAGCCACGCCAGCAAUGGGAGGAGCAGUCAUGCCAGCAAUGGGAGGAGCAGCCAUGCCAGCAAUGGGAGGAGCAGUCAUGGUAGCACCAUCACCCUCAAUGCUAAACUGAUGGACGGUCCAGAGACCAAUGGAACAGCAGUCUGCCCACUCCAAGGCUACCUGUUUGGGUCCACAUUUGAGUUGCCAGAACCAACAAUAAUUAAGAAGGUAAAUAGAACAUCACUAGGGGAGCUAUUUCAAAAGGCAAAGAUUGCUGAGGAAACCUCUGGGAUAAAAUGCGAGAGGGAAGAGAAACAAACCGAUAAAGAAGCAGAUAAAUCUGCAAAAGAUAUCAUGAAAAGGAUGCUGAAGAAAGGAAUAGCCCAUGCUUCCUCUCGGAACUCUGGCAUAACGGGAGGAAACGUUGACCUCACUGCUAAGGAGACAAAACUACAAAAGAUCAUGCAUAUGUUCAACAAGAAAGUACAUCCUGAAAGCUCCACUGCAAUUCCGACAGUUGACAAGCCUGUCAAAAAUGAGAUAAAGAGCAUAAUCUGCGAGAGAAACUAUAAAAAAAGAGAUGGAAUGUUCCCAGAUGACGACAUUACGAUAUUUCCUACAAGAGCCCUAUCGAAAGAGUGCGUCCAAUGUUUCAAGAACCAUUCCAACUCAACCCAUGUGACAAUGUGUGCAAGUGAUUCAAAUGGAAACAGGGAGUGCUGGAUCAAGACAGAUGCAGACUAUUUGGUUCUAGAGCUGUAGAAGACAGAAGAAUCAGUUGAUUGUGAAGAACGAGUGUGGAUGUCCAGUUCCUAUGGACCUUGAAAGCCAGUUAAGAAUAAAAGAGGCAUGCCUCUUCCUCUUGUUUACCGUAAUGUAUGUAUGUUGUGCCAACAUUUGAAAUAUAUCAAUACUUUUGUAAGAAGUGAUUAAGUUAUUUGGUAUUGUGCAAUCAGUUACGAUUUCAAUAAAUGUGUUUGCUCCUUUUAAAUCCCGACUACUUAA